CAUGGCGUCGACCGAGCAGGUCGGCUUAAACAAAACGUGGGAGUUGUCGUUGUACGAGCUCCACAGGGCGCCCCAGGAGGCGAUAACCGACAAUACCGAGAUAGCCGUCAGUCCCCGGAGCUUGCACAGCGAGCUCAUGUGUCCAAUAUGCCUGGACAUGCUCAAAAAAACCAUGACCACGAAAGAGUGCCUCCAUCGGUUCUGCAACGACUGUAUCAUCACGGCCCUCAGGAGCGGCAACAAGGAGUGUCCAACGUGCAGGAAGAAACUGGUGUCAAAACGUUCUUUGAGGCCAGAUCCAAACUUUGACCUGUUGAUCUCGAAGAUCUACCCGAGCCGUGACGAGUACGAGGCUCACCAGGAGAGGGUGCUUGCAAAACUGAACAAUUCACAUUCGCAAGCAGCUCUGGUCAAUUCGAUCACGGAGGGCAUAAAGUUACAAAACCAAAAUAGGCCUCAGCGAGCAAGGAAAAAUGCCAACGACUCCGACAAUCUCAACAACACGGCCUCGUACAAUAACACACCGAAUGUUAGUGCACCAACUACUCCGAAUCCAGCUGUUGUGGCAGCUAAUCAGAGCGACUCGUCUCAAGGUCCUAUUGGACAGUCGAGCAACGGGGGAAUCAGGGAAAACCAUUCAACUAAUGGUGUACCACCACAGCCUUCCGUCAGUCCUGCAGUAUCAGGUACAACGUCCAGGAAUUCGACGACACCAUCUCCUGUGCCGUCAAAUCCCAAAAAGAGGCAAAAGAGUGUUCAAAACUCGGAAAACGAUUCAUCAAGUGCAGAGGCCGAGACGGGUGGAAAUGAGUCCAUGGGAGAUACCGAGGGCGAGGGAUCUAGUGAGCCUUUGAUGCUCAAUGAGAUUGAACUGGUGUUUAAGCCUCAUCCCACAGAAAUGGCUGGUGAUAAUUCUCUAAUAAAGGCGCUCAAAGAAAAUAGUAUUAGGUACAUCAAGACAACGGCAAAUGCUACAGUGGACCACUUGAGCAAGUAUUUGGCAAUGCGAUUAACGUUGGAUCUCGAUACAGACUUGCUUUCCGAGUCUGACAGGCUACUGAACUUUUGUAUUUACAUUGCACCAACUCCGGGCCAAUUGGUCGUCCUAAGCGGCUCACAAACACUUCGGCAAGUAAAUGAAAAAUUUUGGAAGGUGAAUCGACCAUUAGAAAUGUACUAUUCAUGGAAGAAGACCUAGGGAAGGGCUCGUAAGUCAACAGACAGCGGUUAGACGUACCCUGCAAUAUAUUCGAUUAAAACCCCUGUAGUUGUGUGUUGUACCAUGUUGUGAGAAAAAACAUUGAUUUAGUUUUCAAGCUAAGACUGUUGAAUAUUUUUAGUUGUCGAAAUCGCUAAAAAAGUAAAAAAAAAAAAAAAAAACUUUAUAUUACUUUUACAACGAGAGAUAUCAGAUUUCUUUUUUGGGGGUAUUUAUAACAAAACAUAAAAAAAUACAAAAAAAAUAUUUUAAGUUAUUUCAAGUUUAAAGUUUCAUUCAACAGUUUAUGGCUUGACUCUUUGUUUCUUUUUUACUUUCGUUGAUUGGGCAGGUGUUUAUCAUAAAAAUCAUACUUUGAGUUCCGUAGCGUCCGCUGCAAACGGACUCCAAAGUAAUCAUUAUAUAUAUAUAUAUAUAUAUAUUUUAAACCACAGCAGAAUUUCAGUGAGAAAAAGGUUUUUUAGAAUCAAGUAUUGAAAUAUUUUAUUGUAAAUAGAAAAUUCUAAAAAAUGCUGCUUAAUGAAUUUACUUGAACGAACAAUCAUGUCUCGUUUAUUUCGAAAUCAACAUUAUAACAUAAUGUAGAGUGAUUUAUAUAACGUGUGUAUUUUUUCUAUUUAAAUGAAUUGCGAGCAUAAAACUGAUUGGAAAUACAAUAUAUCUUCCACUCAGGUCUUAUCGCGCCCCGUAAUCUAAUUUUACUUUUACUAUUUUUUUCAUUUUUAAUAUCUUUUAUUUACUGAAUCAUGUCGUAAAAUUCUCCGAAAAUUCCAGAAUUUCGUUUUAUCAAGAAAUAAUCAAUUUAAAAAAUCAUAUAUAUUAAUUUUUUAAGUUUGUAUCAUUGAGUUGUAAUUAAGUCAUACUGUAAAAAGGAUUUUAUUAUUUUGUUUUUAAAAAUAAACAUUAAAAUCGUUCAAGCGAUAA